CGUAAAUCGGUUCCCGUCGUCCAAGCUGAAACUCGAUGAGUUCUUCCUGAACUGGCUCUCGUCCGCGGACUCGCAGAAGCUGGUCCUGAACCUCCUCGAGGACGCGAAAGCCGGGCGACCGCUGCAAGCGCCGACGAUGCCCUCCACCCCGACCAUCGGCGGCUCCCCGCUGUCGCCGUCGUCCACGCACGCGUUGCUCAGCGCGACGGCGUUGUCGACGCCGCCGCUGUCGCCGUCGAAAGCCGCGACGCCGCCGGCGUCGCCGAUGUCCCCGGGGAAGCGGCGCGCGGCGGCGGCGGCGGCGAGCGCGGCGGCGAAGCGCCGAGCCCCGGACGCGAUCCCGCGGUUUUACUUUGGACCGAACAAAGAAGCGUACGGGGAUGAGCAGAGCGCGACGAAGCUCGCGGAGGCGGCGUUGAUUUUCGACGGCGAAGCGCUCGACGCGGACGCGUUCAGGAGGGUCACGAGGGAGGUGUGCGAGCUCCCGUCGUACUUCGCGCCGCUCGUGAUGCACCGGAUACACGGCACGGAGCCGAUGGAGGUGGACGAGGACGACCCGACGAAGGCGGCGAACGCGCCGACGGCGCCGGCGAGAGAGCCGGCGCCCGUGACGUGGGCGCAGUUCACGGAAUAUUGGAACAGCACGCUGAGGAAGCACGCGGACUCGAACGCGCGCGUGUUCGAGGUGUUACGAGGCCCGAAGCCGAACGGCCCGAACGGUCCGAGGGCGUACCUCGAACACGCGGACUUUCGAAGCAUCCUGCGGUGUAUCCUCGACACGCACCCUGGGCUGGAGUUUUUGAAGGACUCCCCGGAGUUUCAAGACAGAUACCUCGAGACGGUGACGUACCGGAUAUUUUACGCGUGCAACACCGCGUGGAACGGGAAGAUGACGCUCAGGGAGCUUCGCCGGUCGAACCUCGUCGAGGCGAUGAACCACGUCGACGAGGAGGAGGACAUCAACAAAGUUUUGAAGUACUUUUCGUACGAGCACUUCUACGUCAUCUACUGCAAGUUUUGGGAGCUCGACACGGAUCACGACUUUCUCAUCGACAAGGAAGAUUUGCUUCGGUACGGGAACCACGCGUUGACGUACCGCGCCGUGGACCGCGUUUUCGCGCAAGCGCCGCGGCGGUUCGUGUCCGGGGUGAAGAACAAGAUGGGGUACGAGGACUUCGUGUGGUUCAUCCUGAGCGAGGAGGACAAGUCCACGCCGUUGUCGCUGGAGUACUGGUUUCGAUGCGUCGACCUCGACGGCGACAGCGAGCUCUCGCCGUCGGAGUGCGCGUUUUUCUACGAAGAGCAGCUCCAGAGGAUGGAGUGCCUGUCCCAAGAGCCGGUGCUCUUCGAGGACAUUCUGUGCCAGAUGUGCGACAUGUUGAAGCCCGCGGAGAACGGGAAGAUCACUCUGCGUGAUCUCAGGCGGUGUAAGCUCGCCGGGAACUUCUUCAACGUGUUGUUCAACCUGAACAAAUUCAUCGCGUUCGAGACGCGCGACCCGGUGCUCAUUCGCCAAGAGCGCGAGGAGCCGCACUUGACGGAGUGGGACCGGUUCGCGCGCCAGGAGUACAUUCGUCUGAGCAUGGAAGAAGAGGAAGGGAUGGCGGAGGGGGGGGAGAUGUGGGACGACGGCGACGUGGACGCGUCGCCGUUUUGACCGAGUGCCGUACCCUGUAGGUAGAACUCGACUAGCUAGACUCGAGGGCGGCCGUCGCGGCCGUCCUCGUGAUAUCAUAGUCACGCAACGCGCGCGCGCGUCACACG